UCACUUCUUCUUGUUCCACAGAUAGAAAAAAAAGUGAACCAACCAACAUAAAAAACUGAGCUAAAAUCAGCUCAAAAAGCAACAUAUCUUUCCCAAUUAAUUCUUCAUUUGUUAGUAAAUUCUGUUAGAAGUACUCAGUUGUUCUUUUUCUGUACCUAACUUCCAUUUUCUUUGUUUUAUCCUAAAGUAAACAGCACAAAAAAGAACCAAGAAACGAAGUUACUAAGGAAAGCAAAGUUUAUAUUUGUCUUUUUUAUAUAGUUGUUGGCUUGGUGGUUAUUACCUAAUUUGAGGAAACUUCACAGUUCAAAUAUCAUAAAGGAAACAUUCUUUUAAAAAAAUAAAUAUUUUGGGGUUUGUAAUACGUUCCCUUUACGUGUAUAUUCUUUACGUUUUAAGUAAUAGUCUCUUUUUGGGUUGAUAAUGACUCAUUCUGUUACCAUACAAAAAUAAUUAUAUGAAUGUUUUUAUCUUAAAGUUUGUUUUAUUUUCUUAAAAAACAAUUGUAUUGUGGCUUUCUAUUUUGCUGAUCAAAAAUCAUAUGAUUUAGUAUUAGUAUAAGAAAGGAAACAUUCUUUUAAAGAUUUUUAUCUUUUAAGUAUAUGUGUCUUUUUGGGUUGAUAGUGACUUGUUCUGUUACCAUAAGAAGUACUAUGAAUUGGUUUAUCUAGAAGUUUGUUCUUUUUUUUUUAAAAAAAAAAAAAAGAAUUGUACUAUCAUUAGCUUCUUUUUCUGUUGAUUGAAAAGACUUGAGGAUAAAAGUACUUUUUUCCAGUUUGGCUUUUUAUUCUUCUGUUCAUAUUUAGCUUUUUUUGUGGUUUGUGAAUGAGAAAGAAAGGGGAAUAUUAUCAUUCAUUACCAGAAGGUAUGAUGGAAUUUGCAAGUCCAUGUUGCAGUGUCCAUAUGAGUUCCACUUGCCAAACUUUACUUAAAGAACUAGAGCAAAUAUGGAAGGACAUUGGAGAGACUGAAGCUGAUAAAAACCGUAUGUUGUCGGAGCUGGAGAGGGAUUGUUUGGAAGUAUACCGAAGAAAAGUUGAAGAAGCUUCCAAUAGAAAAUCAUGUCUUCAUCAAUCUGUUGCUACCAAAGAAGCCGAGGUUGCAACGUUAAUGGCUGCUCUUGGUGAACUCAAUAUUAAUUCACUGAUAAAGCCAGAGAAGAAGUCAGCGUCAUUGAAGGAGCAACUGGCACUAGUUACACCACUUAUAGAUGAUUUAAGAGUUAAGAAAGAUGAAAGAGUUAAGCAGUUUGCAGAUGUAAAGGCACAAAUCGACAAGAUAAGUAGUGAGAUUUCCGAGUAUUUUAAUAUCAUCAAUGCUAUGAGUUCCUUAAAUCAGGAAAAUCACGACUUAUCGCUGAGAAACCUCUCCGAAUACCAAUCUCAUCUUCGUGCUCUUCAAAAGGAAAAGGCUGAGCGGAUCCAAAAAGUUUUGGACUGUGUAAAUGAGGUUCACUCUUUGUGUGGUGUGCUAGGUCUGGAUUUUGGAAAAACUGUGAGUGAUGUGCAUCCGAGCUUGCACAAAACAAGCUUGGGACAAUCCACUAACAUUAGCGCCAGUGCAUUGGAAAGUCUAGAACAGGCCAUCAUCAGACUGAAGACGGAAAGAAAAGUUCGAUAUCAGAAGCUAAAAGAUGUUGCUGGAUUGUUGGUUGAGCUUUGGACCUUAAUGGAUACAACCAGAGAAGAAAAGAGUAAGUUAUCGAGGAUCACUUCCGUUCUUUGUCUUUCUGAGGCAGAGGUUACAGAACCAGGUGCUCUUUCGUUGGAGGUUAUUCAACAGGUAUCGACAGAAGUUGAGAGGCUAACCAAAUUGAAAGCAAGCAGGAUGAAAGAAUUGGUCAUAAAAAGGAGGAUUGAGCUGGAGGACAUAUGCUACAGAAACCAUAUUGAACCUGAUCCAAGUACUUCAGCCGAUAAAUCUAGUGCAAUGAUAGACUCUGGUCUCGUGGACCCCUGUGAACUCCUGGCAAAUAUUGAAGCACAAAUAAGCAAAGCAGAGGAUGAAGCUUUAAGUCGAAAAGAUAUAAUGGAUAGAAUAGACUGGUGGCUUUCUGCUUGUGAGGAGGAAAACUGGCUUGAAGAUUAUAACCAGGAUUAUAAACGUUACAGUGGUGGAAGAGGUGCUCACAUUAACUUAAAGCGGGCUGAACAAGCUAGAAUUAAAGUGACUAAGAUUCCAGUCGUGGUUAACACUUUGAUUAACAAGACACUAGCUUGGGAAGAUGAGAAACAAAAGUUGUUUAUUUAUGAUGGGGUGAGAUUGGUGUCAAUAUUGGAGGAUUACAAAUUGGUUAGACAGCAGAAAGAAGAGGCAAAGAAACGGGCUCGGGAUCAGAAGAAACUCCACGAUAUGCUGUUGGCAGAGAAGGAAUCUGUAUACGGUUCAAAACCUAGCCCGAGAAGGAGCAGCAGCUUUAGGAAAGCAAAUGGUUACCGUACCAAUGGAAAUGGAUCUGUGACACCCUCACCGCACAGGAACUCAUUUUCUUCUGCAACUCCAGAGCUCUUAACACCGCGUUCCAACUCUGUGCGGCAUAAUGGUUAUUUCAAGGAAAUGAGAAGGCUCUCUACUGUCCCUCUCAACUUCGUGGCUACGGCUAAAGAAGAUACCGUGUCAUUCUCUUCUAUUUCGGGUCCUGAGCCAGAAUCUCCACCUCAAGGCUGAAAUCACAAAUUGGAUAUAGGCGAUGACCCUCAAUUCAUCCGUAGCAACUAUUUCCCAGGUCACAUUCAGAGAUAAUACACCUAAAAAACUUGUGAAUACCGAAGGAGAUGUACAUUAGUGUAACGAGUAGAGCUUUUUGAGGACCACCUUGUGCAUAUGAAGAUUAGCAGGUACCAGAAGAUCACUGACCAAUAUGCAUUUGGAUGUGAUUACUUGUUUUAUCAUUUAUCUGUAGAUAUAUAUUGCAAUACAGUUUCCACCAUACUUUGUUUUUUUGGAUUGAAUAAUGUAGGAUUUUCAUAUGCUAGAUCCCAAGAAGAGCUUGUUUCAUGUAUGGGUAACAUUAAUAACUUCAUGUUCGUUUGCGUGACAAAAAUAAAUAAAUUCUGUA